AUGCCGGUCCCGGCUGUUGGAAAGGAAGGCUACCCGCCUGAGGUUAUCGGCUAUGCGGAGCCGUGGAUAGUAUCUCCAGGCGAGUCGGUCGCGAUCAAGGUGUCUUGUACGGAACCAGAAUAUGCGUAUAGGGUAGUCCGGUUGAUCCAGGGUAUCGACAUUGAGCAUGCGCCGGAAAGGCGCGAGGAAGACGUGUCGCAGAUCCCCCGAGGUCGACGGAAUGGACGGAUCCAGAUCGCUCACCCAGGCUCGUACGGAUAUGUCAAUAACUGGAACACCCCUUCCCCAGCAGAUGGGCUAGAUGUCUCGCUCUACAUGCAGCCGUGGCUGGUGGAUUGCUCCCAUCCCCAGACACUGGUCUCUUCUCUGGACUUGGUGGGGAAGACUGGAUUCUCCAUCGUGCUGAACCGCCAAGGUUCAAUCGAAGUGCGGAUAGCAAUGGAUAACAAGGUCGAAGCUAUCAAUACUGAACUCAGACCGCGACAGAGAAACUGGACGAAAUUGGAGGUUCAAGUUCACGGUCGAUUACUCCGGGCGUCCUUGACUCCCAAGUCAUUCAGAGUGGAACCAGUGCCUGUCGCUGCGACGUAUGAGACACAAUUGCCGUGUGAACCACGGACUUCUGGCUCUGGUCCGCUUUUCAUCGCGGCGAGCCCAAGUAACGAGGAUAUCAAUCCUCAGAGUGGUCCCAAGCGGCAUGUGAUUGACUUUUUCAACGGCCGUAUCGCUGACCUGACGCUGAAAACAGGCAGCGCCAAUCCCUCCGUUCUCGCCAGGUAUGACUUCGCACUUCAAACACCAAGCGACAUUAUUGUCGACGCCUCGGGCCACGGUCUUGGUGGAGUUCUAAUCAACGCGCCUACACGCGCUGUUCGGAGUCACGACUGGGACGGAUCAGAGUGUGACUGGACCAAAGCGAAACGUGGCUACGGCGCCAUCCAUUUCCAUGAUGACGAUCUUGAUGAUGCAGGAUGGGACACGGAUUUCAGUAUCACAAUCCCAUCUGACGCCCGAUCUGGCGCUUAUGCAGUCGAGGUGGAAACCGCCAAUGGCCGAGAUAAAGACUCGAUCGUCUUCUUCGUGCGGCCGACCUCGUGGGCCUCGGACGUGUCGAGGAAAGUCUGCCUCGUCUUCUCUACAUUCACAUAUCUAGCCUACGCCAACGAACGCAUGUACGACACUUCGCGCCAAAACACGGCCGACCUCGGACCAGGCUUCGACAUUGACGAGACUCGGAAAAGCGGUGAGUUCUACAAGAUGCAACGCCGUUCGGACCUGGGUCUAUCCACCUAUGACCGCCACAGCGACGGCUCCGGGGUCGUUUUCUCGUCGUCAAAAAGGCCGAUCCUCAACGUCCGCCCGGGCUAUAUCAUGUGGGCGUUUUCUCGCCCGCGCGAAUUCUCCGCUGACCUCAUGAUGGUCGGGUAUCUGGAGCGCGAAGGGAUCCCCUACGAGGUCCUGACCGACCAUGACCUGCACGUACGAGGUGGUAGCGCCAUCCGGGGGUUUAAUACUGUCAUUACAGGCUCUCAUCCCGAAUACCCUAGUCCACAUUCAUUUGCCGCAUAUGCUAGCUUUGCCAAAGAAGGUGGCAACCUCAUGUAUCUCGGCGGUAAUGGCUUCUACUGGGUCACUGCACUCGACCCUGAUCGUCCCCACCGUUUGGAGAUCCGCCGAGGAGACGUGGGGGUGCGGCCCUACACGCUUCCAGGCGGCGAGCACGUCAACAGUCUUGACGGACAACAGAGCGGUCUCUGGCGCUCCCGGGGCAUGAGCUGUAAUACCCUAUUUGGCGUGGGAUUCUGCGCACAGGGUACUGGGCCGGGCGUUCCGUACAAACGGACCGAGGCGUCUCGGAGCACGCAGCUAUCCUGGAUGUUUGCAGGUAUCGGCGCUGACAUUAUCGGAGAACACGGCUUCGGCGGCGGCGCCUCGGGCGACGAGAUCGAUCGCUACGACGUGGAGAACGGCAGUCCCGAGGACGCCAUAGUCCUGGCCACGAGCAGCGGCCACAGUGACGACUUUGGCAUUGCCACCGAAGACCUGAAUUAUCCCGCACUGAAUACCCUCGGGACGCAGACGAGCUUGAUUCGAAGCGACAUCGUUUACUAUGUCGGCGCAGAAGGUGGCGGCGUGUUCAGCGUCGGAAGUAUCAAUUGGUACUGCUCGCUGGGGUGGGAUGGCUACGACAACAACGUCGCCAAACUGACGGGCAAUGUCAUCAGAGGGUUUCUGGCUGGAAAACGCUGA